GAUAAAGAAGACGAAGACUAUUACACACAACAGCUGGGCAGUAGAAAUACAAGGAGGAGACGAUGUUGCAAACAGAAUAGCCAAGACUCAUGGAUUCUCAACAAGGGCCAGCAUCGUAAAUAUUUAGAUUUGAAUGUACAACCAGUAUGGGAUCAAGGGAUUACUGGUAAAGGAGUAGUUGUUAGUAUAAUAGAUGAUGGUAUUGAGUAUACCCAUCCUGACUUACAUCAUAAUUAUGAUCCUCACGCUAGUUAUGAUUUUAAUUCUCAUGAUUCUGAUCCUAUUCCACGCUAUGACCCAAGCGAUGAAAACAGACAUGGUACUCGCUGCGCUGGUGAGGUUGCAGCUGGUUUAAACAAUAUCUGCACUGUGGGUGUAGCUUAUAAUGCCAGUAUUGGUGGUGUUCGUAUGUUGGACGGUGAUGUUACUGAUAUUGUUGAAGCUAGUUCACUUUCAUUUAACUCACAACAUAUUGAUAUUUAUAGCAGUAGUUGGGGUCCUACUGAUGAUGGUAGAUCGCUUGACGGUCCAGGAAAACUCACUAAACAUGUUUUUUUUGAAGGAAUAAGGCGUGGUGGUAAAGGCUCCAUAUAUGUUUGGGCCUCUGGUAAUGGUGGGGCUUCAAAAGAUAGUUGCAUUGAUGGUUAUGGUUAUGUAGUCAGUCCUUACACUAUUGCUAUUAGUGCUGUCACUGAACAUAAUCAAUUUCCGUGGUAUGCUGAGGAAUGUUCAUCUAUUUUAGCUGCCACUUACAGCAGUGGAUCAAAUGGAGAAAAACAGAUUGUUACUACUGAUCUCCGUCAUAAAUGUACUGAGUAUCAUACUGGUACAUCAGCAGCUGCUCCAAUGGCUGCUGGUUUACUAGCAUUAGCACUGGAAGCCAAUUCUGAUCUUACAUGGAGAGAUGUCCAGUAUAUUAUUAUUUACUCCAGUAAUUCAUCUAUCCCUAUUGAUCCACACUGGCAGGUCAAUGGUGCUGGGUUAAGAAUCACCAUAGUAGGAUUUGGACUAAUGGAUGCUGCCUCCCUUGUUAACGAGCUCGAUAUUGGAUUAAUGUACAAGAACAACGAGUCUGUAAUAUCUCAGUUACACUAG